AUGCGACAUGUGGAGAGGUCGCUGGCGAGUGAGAGCGCGUCGCAGUGCAAGCAGUGGCCGGAGUCGUGCUGGCCGGUUCCCCACGUGCCGUUCUCCUUUCUCAGUGACUUCCCUCGGCGCAGGUACCUGGUGGUGACGUUCACGAUGGAGCAGAUGAGCAACGCCAGAACGCACCUGGCAGAGGCUGCUCGCGUGGCGGAGGAAUCCGGGCGCAUUCUUGUGCUGCCCAAGGCGGACUGCAGCCGGCUCUCAGUGGCCCGCCAGCACCCCCUGUGCUCCUACUGGGACCUCUCGCGCUUCUCCCGCGUGGAGUGGGUGUCGUCCGAAUUCUUCCUCCUCACUGCGCGUGCCGCCUUUCUCAACCCUUCUGUGGGAUUCGUGUGUGUCAUAACGGAGUCCCUGCACCGGCCCUGCUUCAACUACCGGGAACUAGAGGCGAUCUUGGGGGAGGUGCUGACGUUCGCCAUGGGGCAUGUGCCCGUGCCCAGCAACACCAUUGACGUCAAGAUGCCACAGACGAAAGAAGUCUUCAACAUGCUCCUCCACGCAUGGAGUGACCGAGACGUGGUGGUGUGGAUGAAGACGACCUUCCAGCGCAUCGACUACGUGCCCAAGACAGACGUGGUUGCGCGCGCAGUGCUGCCAUACCGAGCCAAAUGGCAUGACACGGCUGCUCAGAUCAUUGCAAAGCUGCCCAAGCCAGUCAUUGGAGUCCAUUUCCGCUCUGAAUUCAUAUCCUGGAACGUGGCACAAGGCUUACACGCCAACUUGACCUGGGAGGAGGUGCAGCAUAACCUGCGGCAGCAGAUGGCAGUGUGUGUGCAGGGGGCAGCGAGCAAGAUCAACCAAGUCAGGAAAGAGCUGCAAACCCAGCACUGGCAGGAGCAGACUCAGCAGGAAAAUCAGGGGAAGCAGGGGCAGAAGCAGGAGCAGCAGGAGCAGCAGAAGCAGAGGGAGCAGGAGGAGAAGGAGCGGUUGAUCAACGGGUUAGGGCAAUUGGUGGAAGGGCCGACGGUCUUCAUAGCGGCAGACAUCCCAUUCAAUGAGUCUGCUGCAGUCCAAGCGCGGUCCGAGUCGUGGAAGAGCAUGGAGGUGUGGCUGGGGCGGGAGAACACGGGGCGGGCGUCGAGAGGAGCGCUGAAAUGGUUGCGACAGCAAGUGGAGGGGACGGUCAUGAUUGACGAGGUCAUGCCCGCCAUCAACGGAUAUGACCCAGGCAUCGUGUCGAUCCUAGACAAGCUGGUGACUGCCAAGGCGGAUGUAUUCGUGGCAGCAGAGCGGUACUGCGGGGGGAAGAGGGGCUUCGAGUCGGACAUUCUGCAGCACAGGGACGAGUAUGGGCAGCCAGCAGACAGCGUUGUGCGGUGGGGGUACGAGAAAGAGGCCUGA